CUAAGUUCAAAUCUCAAAGUUAGACAACUCCGGAGGAGGUUUGAGAUUUGGGAUAACUUUGGGCUGGCUUUGGUCUAACUUUUUGCUAAUGAAUUGACCUAUUCACUAACUCGGUCUAAAUUUUGUCUUGGGCUCAAAUUUUGUUAGAUUUUGUCUUAAGACAGGUUUAAACCGAGUUAGUGAAUUGGAUUUUGUCUAUAGAAUGUCUACAGACCAAGAAUAUUUCUUAGUAAAUCUGGGUCCUGGGGAUCCAACAUCAUCCUCGUCAAGGGUUUGACCCCCGAGACUCUCGCCUCCUUGGCCGCCACCCCCGGAGAAUUCACCCUCCGCAAGGAAGUCACCGUCCGAAUGAGCCCAUCCAUUGCUGAGGCGACCAACGCUACCCAGAACCCGCAAUGGGGCGUUGCCAAAAUCAGGGCACCCGAAGCCUGGGCGCGUACCCAAGGUGAAGGUACCGUCGUUUGCAUCAUCGACACCGGAGUGAAUACCCGUACUACAACACUGCCGGACCAACUGACCAACAAGGACACGGAUCUCACUGCGCGGGAACCGUCCUCGGACGUGCCAACGGUGUCGGUGUUGCCCCUGCUGCCCAAUGGGUCGCCUGCCGUGGACUUAACCACCAAGGAUCUGGAACAGAAGCUAACCUCAUCUCCUGCGGCCCAUGGGUCUUGUCGGCCAACCCGAGACCAAACAUCGUCUCCAACUCGUGGGGUGGUGGUGCUGGGAAUGCAUUUUACAACUCUGUCAUCUCUGCGUGGCGAUCGGCUGGGAUCAUCCCAGUUUUCGCGAUCGGAGGCUCAGGGGCAAACUGCAGGACGGUCGGGUCCCCCGGAGAUCAACCCAACCUUAUCUCCGUCGGUGCCACCACUACCACCGACGCCAUGGCGACCUUCUCCCCCGAGGACCCAACGCACAAGGGGCACUCAAACCAGAAGUCUCCGCACCAGGAAACAACAUCGUGUCGUGCGGGACUGGGCCUAACAACUACGUCACCAUGUCCGGAACUUCAAUGGCCACCCCCAACACCGCUGGAGCCAUCGCUCUUCUCAUGUCUGCCAACCCAACCUGGGGAUAUGACCAGAUCUUCACUGCCCUCACGACCACCCCAGCCCACCCCACCUUGUCCAAUGCUGAUAGAAAUUGUGGACUUCCAGGACCUGGAGAUAUCCCAAAUCAAGCUUUCGGUUACGGACGUAUCGAUGUUGCUGCUGCUCUUGGACUUUAAAUUGAGUGAUCAAUACAACUUGUUUUAGUCAAACCAAAUUAUUUUUGAUUGGACUAUCCUAAGAAAUAAAAAUUUAAAUAAAAAAUAUUUUCAAAAAUAAUCAAGUUAGAAAUACUUACAUAUUCGUAUUGCAAAGCAUGAUAAUUAUGUAAGUUUUAUUUUUAACAUUUUAAAAUUCAUUUAAAUCAUAUAAAUUUCCGUGGGUCAAAUGGUGGCAAAUAUUCAUAUGCCAAUCUUAUGCAGAGAAAUAGAAAGGACAGAGUCUAGAUGUACAUACAUAUGUCGAAACAUCAAAAAUGUAGUGUUCGUGCGAAUUUAGAUAUCACUUGUUGCAAUCGAAGUUUAAUUGCAACAUUGCAUUUUACGAUUCAAUUAUUGAAUCGUUAAAUACAAUGGUUCUAUUGAAUACAUUAUGAAAGAGAUUACAACAUGGGGAAGUUGCGCAUGUAAAUGUAAAUUGCUCCUCAACCUGAACGAGAUAUAAUAUUACAUAUUGGUUCUCAAAAGUAUUGGGGGCUAUUUUGCGCACGAUAUUUUUUGCCAAGGGAUAACC